AGGUCCCCGCAGCCUGCGGGGAGGGGCGCCCGCCGCGCGCACUUUUCCUUUAGCUCCCGGCCUCUGUCCCGGCACGUCGCGUCCGGAGGCCCCGGGAGACGCGGGCCCAGGGGCGGCGCCGCCGUUUCCCGGGUCCCUCGGGCCGUUUUGGCCGCGCCCGAGAGAGAGCGUGCUCUGCCGGCGUCCUCGCCUCGCAGCCCUUCGCCGGGGCGCGACGGGAUCCCCGCUCCCUCUCGGCUGCACCCGGUUCUCCAGGACGCCGACGCUCUCGCAGCCCCAGGCCGCGCGCCGCCCUCCACUCCGAGCCCUGGCGACGAGGGUCAGGUUGAAUCACUGGACAAUGUCACGUGUCUUGUGGACAGCAUGGGUCUUGGGGACUGUAACCAGCCUCUCCAAGGAAGGAGCCCCUGAUCAGGCUUCUUCUCUGUCCUGUGACCCCACCGGUGUCUGCGAGGGCCACUCCAGAUCCUUAACCUCCGUCCCCGCAGGGCUCACGGCAGCUGUGAGAAGCCUUGACCUCUCCAACAACGAGAUCACCUACCUUGGCAACAGUGACCUGCGGGGCUGUGUGAACCUCAGGGCUCUGAGGCUGGAGGCUAAUAAAAUUAACACAAUAGAGGAAGAUUCUUUUUUUCCCCUGGGGAGUCUCGAACAUUUGGACUUAUCCUAUAAUAACAUAUCUAGUUUAUCAUCCUCAUGGUUCAGGCCCCUUUCUUCCUUGAACUUCUUAAACUUACUGGGAAAUCCUUACAAAUCACUUGGACAGACACCUCUUUUUUCUCAGCUCACAACUUUGCGAAUUCUGAAGGUAGGAAAUACUUACAGUUUCACUGAGAUUCAGAAAACGGAUUUUGUUGGACUGACUUUUCUUGAGGAACUUGAGAUCGAUGCUACAAAUCUCCAGAAGUAUGAGCCAAAGAGUUUGAAGUCCAUUCAGAACAUCAGCCAUCUGGCCCUUCGUAUGAAACAGCCUGAUUUUCUGCUGGAGAUUUUUAUAGAUCUUUUAAGUUCCGUGGAACAUUUGGAACUGAGAGAUACUCAUUUGAACACUUUACAUUUUUCAAAAGCAUCCAUCAAUGAAACAAAUACGUUGAUUAAAAAGUGGACGUUUAGAAAUGUGAAAAUCACCGAUGUAAGUUUUAGUGAACUUGCAAAACUGUUGAAUUAUGUUUCUGGAGUGUUAGAAGUAGAGUUUGAGGACUGUACCCUCCAUGGGCUUGGUGACUUUGACGUCUCUGACAUGGGUGAAAUUGGAAGUGUAAGUGGGAUAGAGACAUUAACAGUACGGAGGUUGGAGAUUCCGUUCUUCUACUCAUUUUAUGAUCUGAGUAGUGUGUAUUCACUUACAGGAAGAGUGAAAAGAAUCACAGUAGAAAGCAGUAAGGUGUUUCUGGUUCCUUGUUUACUUUCACAACAUUUAAAGUCAUUAGAAUAUUUGGAUCUCAGUGACAAUUUAAUGGUUGAAGAAUACUUGAGAAAUGCAGCCUGUGAGCAUGCCUGGCCCCUCUUACAAACCUUGAUUUUAAGGCAAAAUCGUUUGAAAUCAUUAGAAAAAACAGGAGAAAUUCUGCUUACUCUGAAAAACUUGAUUAACCUUGAUAUUAGUAAGAACGGUUAUCUUUCUAUGCCUGAAACUUGUCAGUGGCCAGAAAAGUUGAAAUAUUUGAACUUAUCCAACACUAGGAUACACAGUUUAACCCGAUGCAUCCCCUGGACACUGGAAAUUUUAGAUAUUAGCAAUAACAAUCUUGAUUCAUUUUCUCUGACUUUCCCCCAACUCAAAGAACUUUAUAUUUCCAGAAAUAAGUUGAAGACUCUACCAGAUGCCUCCUUCUUACCCAUGUUACAGGUCAUGAGAAUCAGCAGAAAUACAGUAAAUACUUUCUCUAAGGAGCAACUUGAUUCUUUUCAAAGACUGAUGACUUUGGAAGUUGGCGGUAACAAUUUCAUUUGCUCCUGUGAAUUCCUGUCUUUCACUCAGGAGCAGCAAGCACUGGCGCAGAUCCUGAUCGACUGGCCAGACAAUUACCUGUGUGACUCUCCAUUCUAUGUGCGGGGCCAGCGGGUUCAGGACACCCAUCUCCCAGCUUCUGAGUGCCACAGGGUGGCUCUGGUGUCUGCUGUGUGCUGUGUCCUUUUCCUGUUGAUCCUGCUCACAGGGAUUCUGUGCCACCGUUUCCAUGGACUGUGGUACCUGAAAAUGAUGUGGGCUUGGCUCCAGGCCAAAAGGAAGCCCAGGAAAGCUCCCCAACGGGACCUCUGUUAUGAUGCCUUUGUGUCUUACAGUGAACGGGAUUCCCACUGGGUGGAGAACCUCAUGGUCCAGGAGCUGGAACACUUCAACCCUCCCUUCAAGCUGUGUCUUCACAAGCGGGACUUUAUUCCCGGCAAGUGGAUUAUUGACAAUAUCAUCGAUUCCAUCGAGAAGAGCCACAAAACCAUCUUUGUGCUUUCUGAAAACUUUGUGAAGAGUGAGUGGUGCAGAUAUGAACUGGACUUCUCCCAUUUUCGUCUGUUUGAUGAGAACAAUGAUGCUGUCAUUCUCAUUCUUCUGGAGCCCAUCGAGAAAAAGGCCAUCCCCCAGCGUUUCUGUAAGCUGCGGAAGAUCAUGAACACCAGGACCUACCUGGAGUGGCCCACAGACGAAGCUCAGCAGGAAGGGUUUUGGUUAAACUUGAGAGCUGCAAUAAAGUCCUAGGUUCCUUCAUUAAAGGCCAGUCUUGGUCUGGUGGUGGUCUUUAUAUCACUAGUUGUAACUGAGUACAUUCUGACACAGUAAUAGGUGAACCACAUAAUGCUCUGUCAUUUGAAGACUUGCUUACUAAAACCACUAAAACUGUUCAUAUUU